AGUUUAAUGUGGCAGUAGCAAAUCCAGUGACAAAAACCCUAACCGGACCAAACUCCAGUGGAUUCAUUCAUCCUAACUGGACCAAACCUUUUGCCCCAAACCCUUUCCUUCACUGUCCCUCACACAGGCACACAUUCUCUUUCUCUUUGUGCAAUUUUUGCUCUGAUUUUUUGUGUAUUUUGAGCUUCUUUUUGCAGCAACGAAGAUGGACUUGUACGCCUUGGAGAAAAAGAGCAUGUGGGAAGGAUCUCUUUUGGAAGCAAUGCUGGUCAACACUGUUCUUGUUGCUCACAACUCUCUUGCUCUGCUGCUUUUGGCGACUGGAUCGGUGAUAAAUGAUGUCAAUAUGGCAUCAAAAUUGAUUGCUGUCACUGGAAGGUUUCCUUUUGAAGAACUUCUCAAAUUGAAAAAACCUUGUGCGGAAAACAAAGAUGCUAGCGAUACAGAGGAUGAUGAAGACGACAACGAAGAUGAUGAUGAUGUGAAUGACCAGGAUGAUGAGGAGGGAGGAGAUGAGGACUUCUCAGGUGAAGAAGGGGAAGAUGAAGGAGGGGAUCCUGAGGAUGAUCCUGAAGCCAAUGGCAAUGAAGGAAGUGAUGAUGAGGAUGAGGAUGAUGACGACGAAGAUGACGAUGGUGAUGAUGAUGAAGAUGAGGAUGGAGAGGAAGAAGAUGAGGAUGAAGAGGAAGAGGUUCCACAGCCACCUGCGAAAAGGCGGAAGUGAGAAUAGGAGUCCUUAUCCUUUGCCCUUGUGUUCCGAUUUCGUGCAGGAGUGUUAUGGAGUAGUGAGGCAGAAUUUAGCUUGUCAGUUUGGUCAGGGUAGAAUUUACAAUCAUCGUUCUGAAUGAACCUCUAGUGUUAUUGAUUAUCUAUGGUACACCUGUUUGAUGUAGUAUUGAGAGAGUCUUCGUAUGUUGUGUUAAACAGCUAUUUUUCUAAUGGGGUUAUGUUCACAUGGACGGAUCAAUUUAUAUGAAGUUGGGAAUCUUCAAGUUUAAUUUGA